AUGCUGAAGCUCUUCACAUCCCAUCACGUGACUAGCCGGUUAAGGAAUCGGAGUUCCCACAAAUUGGCUCGUCGAGCUUUCUUAACGACACUAACCGAUUCCAAGCCUACCGACACUGUCUCUGCUAAACCAUGCAUCGACGAUUGUCAAACGGUUGUAGCAUUGCCGUUGCUACGCAAGCCUCUUAUUCCUGGUUUUUACAUGCCACUCUAUGUCAAGGAUCCUAAAGUACUUGCAGCUCUACAAGAGAGCAAAAGUGGACAAGCUCCAUAUGCAGGGGCUUUCCUUUUGAAGGAUGACAAAUACGCUUCAACUGCUUCAUCUUAUUAUGGCUUUGAAACAGUGAAUAUCCUAGAUAAGUUGAAAGGCAAAGAGUUGCUUAAAAAAAUUUACCAAGUUGGCACACUUGCUCAGAUUUUAAGUAUCCAAGGUAAGCAAGUCAUCCUUGUUGGUCGCAAACGACUUCAAAUAACAGAGAUGGUGAAUAGAAAUCCUCUAACUGUCAAAGCUCAACAUAUAAAGGAUAAGCCAUAUGAUAAGGACGAUGAGGUCAUCAAGGCAACAUACAUUGAGGUUAUUUCUAUGCUUAGGGAUGUCUUAGAGACAACAUCACUCUUCAGGAAUCGAGUUCAGACCUAUACACAGGUUAUAGGUGACUCCAACUAUCGAAAGUUAGCCGAGUUUUUAUUACAAAAAAGAAGAAGAAAUUUUACCGGCCUUAGAGCUGGGAUCUUUGAUGCUACUGACUUCAAUUACCAAAAGUUAGCCGAUUUUGGAGCCGGGAUCUGUGGCGCUAACAAACAUAAAAUUCAGGAGGUUCUUGAAGAAUUGGAUAUUCAUAAGCGUCUGGACUUGGUUAAAAAACUAGUGGAAAUUAGCAAAAUUCGAGUGUUUCAUGCCUCCAUUUUCCCGGUGACUCAUGCUGCUGUUGAAGACAAAAAGGAGGAAUAUGGUUCUGCUGAAUACGUCAAACAAAACCGACUUUCUGACACGUUUAGGAAAAGGAUUGAACCUAUUAAAGAGAAAAUUCCGAAACAUGUCCUAGAAGUCAUAGAAGAAGAGCUUGCGAACCUUGAUAGGAAAGAAUACGGUUUUGGUAGCACCGAUAGUAUCUAUAGCUACCUUGAUUGGUUGACUGCGUUGCCUUGGGGAAACUGCAGUGAUGAGAACUUUGAUGUCCUACGGGCAGAAAAGAUUCUUGACGAGGAUCACUACGGAUUACAUGUUGUAAAAGAAAGAAUACUAGAGUUUAUUGCUGUUGCAAAUCUUACAGGCAAUCCAGAGGGGAAGAUCAUUUGUCUCUCUGGCCCUCCUGGGGUAGGAAAAACUAGCGUUGCUCGUUCUGUCGCACGUGCUCUUGGCCGCAAGUUCUUUCGGCUCGCUGUUGGAGGACUAUCUGAUAGUUCCGAGAUCAAGGGGGACCGUAGAGUAUAUAUUGGUGCCACGCCCGGAAAGAUGGUGCAGUGUCUAAAGGAAGUGGGAACAGAGAAUCCUCUUGUUCUGCUCGAUGAGAUUGAUAAGCUUGGAAACAGUAGUAGAGAUCCAGAGGGUGCGUUGUUGGAGCUUCUUGACCCAGAGCAAAAUGCACAUUUUCUAGAUUACUUUCUUGAUGUUCCUAUCGACUUAUCAAAGGUUUUGUUUGUAUGCACAGCAAACAAUAUAGAUAGGCUUCCAGGUCCUCUACUAGACAGGAUGGAGGUUAUAGAACUCGCAGGGUACACUGCCGAUGAGAAAAUGCAUAUUGCUAGAGACUAUUUGGUGAAAAUUGUACAAAGAAAAUGUGGCAUGAAGCCUGAACAAGUUGACGUGAGCGACGCGGCUCUUCUUUCCUUGAUAGAAAACUACUGCAGAGAAGCAGGAGUUCGAAAUCUCCAGAAGCAGAUUGAAAAGAUUUUUCGUAAGAUUGCUCUUAAACUUGUACGCCAACAAGCAUCCGCCAAAGCGGCUAUGGUCGAUUUAGAGUCCUCGGAAACCGCUGCAGAAGGAUCCAUUGAGUUAACAAAUGAAUAUGAUAAGCCCAGGAUUGAGCUUAUCUGA